GGUGGUUAUUCACCUCAAGGAAGAAAGAAAAGUUGGAGUUAUUUUCGAGGUAAUUUUGGCAAGAGGACCCAUCAUCAAUAUGGUGGGUAUGGACUUCAGCCUUCACACCUCCAGGAGGAUGAUGGAAACGUGGAGAUGAGGGGAGUGCAGAAGUACCAAGUCAGACACACUCCCUAUACCAUGGGAUACUACAAGAGGAGAGUGCAAUGGCAUAAUGAAGGCGGUCUCCAUGUUACUCUGUGGUCUAAUAGAAAUCAUCUCAGGAGUGAAAUGGGGGAAGACACACCAGAUCGAACCCUGGGGAGCUGGUUCAAGGUCACAGUUCCCUGUGGAAGAAAGUAUGACAAGACAUGGCUAAUGGAUUCAAUCCAGAGCCAUUGCAGUGUCCCCUUCACUCCAGUGGAUUUUCACUAUGUGAAAAAGAAGGCUCGGUUCUUUGUCCAGGAUGCUAAUGCUGCCUCUGCAUUGAAGGACAUAAACUACAAGAUUUGUGAUGAGGAGAACCAAAAGAUACCUAUCUAUGUCAAUACUUCUGCUGAACCUUACUCUGUGCAGUAUAAGCUGGAUCUAGAAGAAAUGGAGCAGCUAAAGGUGGCCAUGAGCAAACGAUAUGAUGUGUCCCAGAAAGCUCUUGAUCUUUGUAAGCUUCGCUUUGACCCAGGCUUUGCAUGUCUUGAUAUUGAUAUAAUCCUGAAUCGGAGAAACUGUAUGACUGCCACCCUACAGAUCAUCAAAAAGAAUUUCCCUGAGCUGUUGUCCUUGAACUUGCGCAAUAACAGACUGUACCAGCUGGAUGGCCUGUCUGAUAUUAUACAGAUGGCCCCCACAGUCAAGAUUCUGAACCUCUCCAAAAAUGAGCUGAAAUCAACCUGGGAGUUAAGCAAGAUCAAAGGUCUGAAGCUCGAAGAGCUGUGGCUUGAAGGAAACCCUUUAUGUGUCACCUUUAGAAACCAGUUCACCUACAUAAGUGCCAUCAGGAAAUGUUUCCCCAAGUUAUUACGCUUGGAUGGCCAGGAUUUAGUUCCACCAACUACCACUGCCAUUGACAAACCCCACCUAAUGAAGCCCUUAGUAAAGGAAAGCUGUAAAGGAUCUGAUGUUCUGAGGACUCAAGUCCUGCAAUUUGUGCAGCAAUACUACUUGAUCUAUGACUCUGGAGACAGACAUUGUCUUCUCUGUGUUUAUCAUGACGAGGCCUGCUUCUCCCUAACGAUUCCCUUCUUUCCGGAUGAGCCAGCCCGAAGCAGCAUGUUUGAAUAUUUCAAAGAUAACAGGAAUAUGAAGAACCUCAAGGACCCUGCCCUGCAUUUUCAACUGCUGAAACAUACAAAACGUGACAUUGUGUGUUCUCUCUGUGUGUUGCCCAAAACUCAGCAUGAUGUCAACUCCUUCGUGGUAGACAUGUGGUCCCACUCGGAAAGCCUGCUCUUCUUUUGUGUCAAUGGGAUGUUCAAGGAAGUGGAAGGAAGGUCUCAGGGUUCUGUGCGUGCCUUCACCCGGACCUUCAUCGCUACCCCUGCCAACAAUUCCAGCCUGUGUAUCAUAAAUGAUGAAUUGUUUGUGAGGGAUGCCACCCCUGAGAAGACUGAGAGUGUGUUGUCCACCCAAGUGCCCACACCCUCCUGUGGCACUGGAUCCACCCUGUCUCAGGAGCAGCAGGAAACUGUGGAGGUUUCCUCCACCCCAUCUGGGAUGAGCCUCUAGUGGUCUCAGAAGUGUUUGCAUGAACACAAGUUUUCAUUUCUCUUAAUAAACUGUCUUUGUGUGACUGGUGUAUUAUAUGAUUCCGCAUAUGAGUAA